AUGUUGAACCAAAAUGGAAAUAUGUUGGCUGAUGUCGAUGCUACUAGCAUUAAUGUUAUUAGUGGAACACGAUUUCCACUUGAACCGACUACGACAUCAACAUCCACAACAACGUACACAACAACAUCAACAACAUCAACAACAUCCACAACAUCAUCAACAACAUCAACAUCAACAACAGCAGCAAUACAGCAAUGGUCAAUGACAGGAAAUAUGAGUGUCGCACGAUAUUAUCACACAGCAUCCACAUUAGCAGAUGGAUCAGUAUUAAUUGCUGGUGGAUCGAACAGCAGUAGUAAUUAUCUCAAUAGUGCUGAAUUUGCUGAAUUGUAUAAUCCAUCAACAGGCACUUGGACAGCUACAAGAAGCAUGAAUAUCGGACGAUAUUAUCACACAGCAUCCAUAUUAGCAAAUGGGUUAGUAUUAGUUGCUGGUGGACAAGGUAGCGGUGCUGGUGUUCUCAACAGUGCUGAGCUAUAUUAA